CGGUGAACGACGAGCUGGAAAUUGGAGGUAAGGGUUUUGCUGUUCUUUGCUCAUCGCCGUCGCCGAUUUCUUUCGAUUCUCAACAGAGACGCCCCAAAUUCUUUCGAUUCUCACUGCAAAAUCACCAAAACUACUGUUGCGUUGUUCGUUUACAGAAAAUGGAAGCUGGAGAUGAUGGAAUUGAGAGGCUGGUUGAUUCGAAGGAUAUGCAACAACAGAGCAAAGCCUUCGAUAAGCUCACUGAUCGGGUUGAAGACCGUCAACUCGAUUCCACUCGUGUUCAGGAGGCAAUGGCAUCUAUUGCUGCAUCGGCUGAAGCCGAUUGGAACGCUAUGAUGUUGAGAGAGAAAGAGCUUGCUGCUGUCAAGAUAAAUGCAGCUGACGUCGACAUAAUCGCAAAUGAACUCGAGUUGGACAAGAAGGUUGCCGAAAGAACGUUGCGAGAGCACAAAGGCGACGCUGUUGCUGCUAUACGGUAUUUACUACAUUAAGCGAGUCUCUAACUUUGAAGAGACCCAAAGCCUUUUGUAACUUCAGAUUGUAUGGAAAUGUACCCUUUUUUUUUUUUUUUGCUGGAAGUUUCUUCUUUUUUUUUUUUUUUUUUUUUUUUUUUUUUUUUUUUUUCCGCUUCGUUUGUAAAACUUGAACACUAUUUCUUAUCCUGACCGUACACACAUCUUCUUGUUGAAGGAGGGGAUUCCAUCAAAAGCCAUUUGAUGAGGGCCAAAUGAUCUUUUGUUAGGUAGAAGUGUUGGAAAACGUCUCUAUGUGUUCACGGGAUUUGUAGGGUACCCUCUAAAUGGUUCUCUUCGUAGAUGGAAAACAAUACAUAGGACUCAAAAAAUUAUGUUAUGAAUUUUUUAUUUUUACUUUAACGGUCAGUUAAACUUUUGAAUA